AUCUGGUUCCCAUUUCUACGGUUGCUCGAUGUGCCAUGUCAAAGUUAAAAGAUCUUUCAAGUCUCCAACCUUCCUCUAUUUCAUUUCCCCCUUAUCUACACUCUGCUGCAAUACGCAGCACAGACCCUCUCACUCUCUUCUCUGACACAUUCCCAACUCAAUCCUGCAAUUUAGAGAAUACCCCGGCACCGGAGCAAAGGAAUUGGUUUCUCCAGAUGAUAAAGGAGGCCGGUUUGGGUUUAUGAGCCUCGGGGAAUUCUAUCAAAAUGGACGCUUCAAGAACUUUGCUUUCUUCACCACCGCCCUUCCCUGCAAGAAUCCAAUCGAAAAGCUCCGUCUCUUCCUCAGUGUUGAUGCUACACGAACACGUUGCCCCCUUAGCUUCUACGGUUCCUUCCACUUCCACCGCUCGACAUCUGCCUACCUCUGCGCUUUUACAAGAGCAGCGCGAUGAGUAUUGGCCUCUCCUCAACUCGUCCAAGGAUGAACCGACAUCUCAGGUUUCUGAAUCUUUCCUUGUUAACACAAUAGGUGCCCCCAUAACUAAAAUGUCGCCCUAUGUAUUAAACCACCAUGUCUGGCUCCUCAGAAGAACACAAUCUCUCUUUCUUUCCUUGAAGGCAUUGACGGACGGAAGACAGACUGAUAUUGGGACUUCGAUCCAUGAAGGGGAGAAUUCAGAUGAUGUAGACAAAUUGGUGCGGGACUUAGAGCAACAGCUGCUUCACAGUCAUUCUUUUUGGAAUGCAGAGCCAUGUAUACGAGCGGGGAGAAAUCGGUUGUCACCAGAGCCAGCUAUUGGACCAUGCAGUGCAAUCGAUCUAGCGAAGGAAGCUUUAAGUGCCUCAAAAGAAGCAGCAUUGUUAGCUGAAAACAGCACCGAUGUUGAUAGUGCCGCCAGCUUGAAAUCCCCUACUUCAUCUGGAUUUGCAGCCGAUGAGGUGAAAAUAGUUAGGUCCACUCGCCGUUCAGAGAGGCCUUCCAAGAGUCGAAGAAUGUCACGAACUAAGUAUGCAUUUGAUCAGACUCCAAGUUCUAGGAAGCCUAAUAAUGUACAGAAAAGGACAAAUGAAGCUUUCCAGCUCAAUGAUCCUGUUCGAUUAUUCUUGGCUGCUCCUGAGACAAAACAACUUUUGACAGCUGAGGAGGAAUCUAACAUUGUCAUCCAAGUUCAGGAAAUGAUGAAGUUGGAAGAGGUGAAGAGCAGGCUUCAAUCUCAGUUUGGCCGUGAACCAACAUUUUCUGAAUGGGCUGAAGCUGUAGGGCUGAGUCGUUUUGUCUUGAAGUCACGACUUCACUCUGGUACAAGCUGCAGAGAGAAGCUGAUUAAUGGGAAUUUGAGGAUGGUUGUUCAUAUUGCCAAACAAUAUCAAGGACGUGGUCUUGGUCUCCAGGACUUGCUGCAGGAGGGAAGUAUUGGUCUCAUGAGGAGCAUUGAGAAGUUCAAACCUCAAGCUGGUUGUCGCUUUCCUUCUUAUGCUUAUUGGUGGAUAAGGCAAACUAUUAGAAAAGCCAUAUAUCAGCAUUCUAGGACAAUUCGCUUACCGGAUAACUUGUAUGCGCUACUUGGAAAGGUAAUAGAAGCCAAGAGAGGCUGUAAUAGGGAAGGCAAUCAUGAUCCUAGCAAAGAAGAUAUUGCAAGAAAGGCUGGAAUCACUGUUGAAAAGUUGGAGAAGUUGCAGUUUGCUGCAAGAAUACCAAUCUCAAUGCAACAGACUGUUUGGACGGAUCAAGACACUACUUUCCAAGAAAUUACUGCAGAUCAGGGGGUCAUGACACCAGAGGUGGAGGUGGCGAAGCAGCUGAUGAGGCGGCACAUUCGUGGCCUACUAACGAUUCUGAGCCCAAGGGAGAGGCAGAUCAUCAAGCUGAGAUUUGGCAUCGACGACGGCAAAAGGGUGUCGUUGUUGGAGAUUGGUAACAUGUAUGGGUUGUGCAAGGAAAGGGUGCGCCAGCUGGAGAGCCGUUCGCUUAAUAAGCUCAGGCAGUGCCUGGGCAGCCAUGGACUAGAUGCCUACACAGAUUUGCUUGUUUGAAAAUGGGGAAGAAAGAACAUGAUCAUGUAAAGACAUAAGAGAACUAGCAUCUUAUCAAACACUCUGUGUAGCUAUUUACUUAUACCUUCUGUAAAUGUUUUUUCUGCAUGUUCAUAGCUAAUGGCUCUGGUUCUACCGGCUUUUGAAGCAUCUACUUUGAUAUAGAGAGAGCAAUUUGGGACCCAACGAGAAUUCCUACGUUGUCAAUGUUGUUUCUUGUUUGUGGAGUCAGAAAGUCCAAACCUUUAUUCCGUUUUCGUGAUGAAGAGAAUACAUAUUUAGUGGUUGGGUCGUGGAGCAAUGG